AUUAUAAAUAUGUGAUUCGGAAAAUGUAAUCUAAUAUUGGAAUAUUAAAUACAACUUGCCAUUGAGAACAAAAAAUUAUAAUUGUUGUAAUUUCAAAGUUAAAAAAAUGUCAGCUGUUGGUGGGGAUGCUGCUUUUAUGUUAGAAAGAGCUCUUGAAGAAAUGGAUAGCAUUUUUCGCGAAAACAUUGUCGGCAUAACUCCUUCCUUUAAAAUUAAUAAUUUACCAACAUCGACACCAAAAUCUUCAAAAUUAACUCAUAAUAAAAACGAUGAAAAUCUUAUUAAAAUUUUUGAUGAGUUAGAACUUUUACUUUCCAAUUCUAUAAAUGAGUCGGGAAUAAGUACUAUUAUAAACAAAAGGGGAAUCCUUGAACACUUAAAAUCUUUGCGAUGUACAUUUGCUUUUCUCAAUGAAAUGAGUUCGGUGCUGUCCAGUAAUAACAAGGAUACAAAUGUAGUUAUCCAUAAACUAGAACAGGAUAACCAAAUGUAUCUUAAUGAAUUAAAAAGGUUGCAUGAACAAAUUGUUUUAACUGAAUCUCAGCUUACCAAAACAAAAAAAACACUAUCUGACUAUGCUCGUAAAAAUGAAGAGUUAGUUAUUCGAUUAACUGAGCGUAGAAUUGCAGAUCAAAAAGAACAAACCAACCAGCAGCUUAAUUACAACAAGUUCUUACUUAUUGAAGAUGAAAAAGACACCGAAAUGGAACGUUUAAAAAAUCACAUUGAAACUUUGUUAGAUGAACAAGAAAGACGUAAAUCAACUGGCUCAACUGAUAGUAACGAUGACAAUUUAACUGGUUUAAAAAGUCGAUUACGAGAAAAAGCAUCUGAAUGCAACCGUUUAAAAGUUCAACUCGAUGAAAUUAAACAAUCAAAUGAAACAAAAGAUAACUUAAUAGCGCAAAUUCAAGACCAAGUUCAACGUUUGUUUAAGGAGAAUGAAGUAUUGCGUCAACAACUUGAUAAUGCAAGUACUCUUCAAUUAUUAACUCCAAAAUCAAACGGAAGCGUUCACUCCCCAGAAUCAGUGUGUUCAGAAUCUUUGUCAAACAGAAGUUUUACAUGCAAACGAAAGAAUUCAAAGGAAUUGUUCAACAAAGGAAGCAGCAGUGAACCAAACUUGAUUCAUAAUGGCAGUAGAGAUGGCAUUGGUAUUAUAAUGACACCCGCGGCAUCUCUAGUAAAUGAUGAAACAAGAUACCAACCUUUUAAAAGAACAUAUAGUGAUUCCCCAUUUGCAUUAUGGCCAUGUGAACACAUUCAGGAUUGGCUUAGAGAUGAAGGAUUAGAGGAAUAUGCAAGUGCUUGCUCCAAAAGUGUUAAAAAAGGAGAUGAUUUGCUUAAAUUUACACUAUCAGAUUACGAACGAGAAUUGGGAAUCACUGAUCCUAUGCAUAAGCGGAAACUUAGUUUAGCUUUAAAGGCAAUAACAUCAAAUGAACCUGAUUAUGCUGGUCGGCUUGAUCAUCAUUGGGUUGCAAAGUGGUUAGAAGAUCUUGGACUACCUCAAUAUAAGCAAGCCUUUUUUAUGCACAAAGUUGAUGGACGUGUUCUUCUCAACUUAACUGUGGACGAUGUUUUACAAUUAAAAGUUUACAGUUUACUCCAUCAUGCAAGUUUAAAACGAGCCAUCCAGUUUUUAAGACAUCAAAAGUUUCAUCCUCAAUAUCUACGAGAAAUCGCUAAUCAGUCAGAGGAACGAUGUGACCAUGUCAUGUUAUGGACCAAUCAAAGAAUAAUGCACUGGCUAAGAUCUGUUGAUUUAGCGGAAUACGCACCCAACCUUAGGGGUAGUGGUGUGCAUGGUGCUUUUAUGGUCCUCGAACCUCGUUUUAACGCUGAUACUCUUGCUGAUCUGUUAUCGAUUCCUUAUAAUAAAACUCUUCUUCGGCGACAUCUUGGCUCUCAUUUUAUGACUCUACUUGGAGAUGCUUGUCAAAGACAGAAAGAGAUGACUCAAAAAACUUCAGACUUUGUUCCUCUGAAUGGAUCAGUUAAACACAAGUUGCGUAAAAAAGGCUCUGUGUUUGGUUCGCUUCGACGAAGAAAAUCAGAAACGGAUUUAGAUGCUCUGAUUUGUUCUACUGAACUUGAUGUUUCAAGUAUGUAUUCGCCUCCACCUGCCUUGGAUCCCGAUACAAUUUUCGAUUUAUCUGAAACCAAUUCAUUUUCGCCAUCUUUUAACGACAAUGGAAGUUCUUCUACAAAUGAGACUAGCACUGUUCCAAUGAUUGCUGAGCUGUCAAAUGAAAUAGAUCAAAUGACUUCGAAUUUGGGAAAGGAAAAUCGCUGAUGACGUUUUAUCAUGUGAUCACAUAAAACUAAAUGAAAGAUGUUUUAGCAUAUGAUAAUUAUUUUUAACAUAUGUAUAUUGUUCAUGGUUUCAUCUGUCCAUAUGUCAUCGUCAUCUGUCAACCAAAGUUUUUUUACAGAUGCUCGGAAAACAUGACAUAAUUGGUUAUCUCGCAUUCAAAUCAAAAAUGUCUCUGUAAAUUGUAGAAAUAUAACUUUAUAAAAAAAUUUACAAAAACGUUCGACAAGCUCGUCUUCAUUAGAAUCGAAACUUUAUUUUUUUUUACUAUUAUUUUCGUUUAAUUUAUUUUUGUAUUCACCCUGUACUUUUAUAAAUAAUGUAUUUUUUAAAUUAUUUACUAUAAUAUCUUAUAUAUUUUUCUUAUUUGAUCAA